AUGGGACAAGCACCUAUCAACUGGCGAUCGGCUCGCCAGAGCACGAUAACGCUAUCGACGGCUGAAAGUGAGCUGGCCGCCAGCGUGGAGGGGGCAUUAGCUCUUCUCAGCGCCGAGGCGCUCGGCUCUGAGUUGAAUCUGGGCAAAAUGCGGUCGAGGAUAAAGGCUGGGUGGAUCUACGAGCGAUUGCAGGCCGAGGACUUGGAGCUGGAACAUUGGCCUGGAGACCUACAGUUGGCCGAUGCGCUGACGAAGCCGCUUUCGUCCAUGAGAUUGCGGUCGUUGGCCAGGAUGAUUGGACUUAUGCCGCUGGAGGAGAUCCUGGACGAA